AUGUCUUCUCCUGCUGCUCCGAAGGAAAAGAUCUUCCCUGGCAUUUCUGCCACUGAGACCAAGCUCCUGGUCCUGGCUAACGUCUGCCUGAAGAAUGACAAGUGUACCACAAAGAUCGACUACGACAAGCUUGCAUUCAACGCUGGCAUCAAGGCGUCUUCUGCUCAGACGCUCUUCCGAAAUGCUAAGCGAAAGCUAGACAAGCUGUACGCCGAUGGCAAUGCUGAUGCCGAUGGUAACGGUCCCCAGGCUGAGAUUUCGCCCGAGGUGACUCCCUCCAAGCGAGGAAAGUCCAACACGAAGGCGCCUCGCACUCCAAAGACCCCCAAGUCUCCGAAGGCCCUGAAGACUCCGAAGGCUCCCAAGACCCCCAAGACCCCCAAGGGUAGCAAGGCCGAUGUCGACCCUGACUUCAGUCCCACCACUAAGUCCGCCGCCAAGAUUGCAAAAGCUACUAGUCGCGAGACCGCGGUCGCCAAGCCUGCCGCUGAAACUGCUACUGAAUCUGCCGCUGCACCUACCGCUGAGCCUGCCGCCACUGCUGAGGCAACUAAGCUCCAGACUGUGAAAGAGGAGGAAAAUGACAAGGCCGAUGGAAUCAACGAGGCUGAGGCUACGCUUGACCUGGCUGUGAACCAACACCUUCCUGAGUCUCCUUUGCCCUAUGAAGAGGAUGGCACCUACGAGGAGUAG